AUGUUGCCAGAUAUUACUCAAACAUUUGUAGAAAAGCCAGGAGCUCUAAAAAGUGGCGCACGUAAAGAUAGGGAAAACGGACUUCAAUGCGAUGAUGAUGAUGAUGAUGAUGAUGACGAUGUUUUGGAACAAAGAAAACUGCAAUUUUUGGAUAGUUUACCAAAAUCAAUAGAUGAUAUUUGUAAAAUUGAAGUAUCUACUAAAGGUCAGGCCAGUAAUGAUCUGUGGAAAGAAAAUCGUAGUAAUAUGCUCACGGCUUCAAAUUUUGGAACCGUUUGCAAAUUACGCAAAAAAGACUGUUAA